UUUGGUGUUUCGAUGUCCAAACGGGGUGCUUCCAUCAGCAUCCAUCCUUAAGUUGAGGAUGCAUUUUUAAGGUUAUUUAAAAAAGGAGAGCCGUUUAGACAAGGGAUCCGUCCGACGUUCGAACGGAGAGAGCUCCGAUCUCAUGCGGCCGGCGAUUCUCUUCUUCUCCCACUUCUAUGGGUAACUUUGUGAUCUGAGGAGAAAGGGCCUAUCCCAACAAACCCACCGCCGCUACUGCACGUCGGUUGGCGCCGCCGGCCAUCUUGCUGCUUAUUUUGGGCGGCGACUCGAGUUUCAUCAACUGUGUUCUGGGUCUCGUUACUGCCUAUUUCGCGAUUCCGGCGAGGCUGCUACGUUAGUGGCAUACCGGAAAGUGGCUUGCGGGGAGCUGUUGUAAGCUUUUGGCUACCAACGACUGCAAUUUUGGAGAAAGUGGGUUCGGCCAAAGCACAGUAGCUCGUGCAUUUGGUAAUCAGAUUUAACCCACUUCAAUCGAAUUUCAUUUUGAAGGUAGAGGUUAAGAUCUCCUCCUUGGCUGUCUGGGAAAACAAGGAUUGUAGAUCUCUCACUCGUUCUCAGGUUCUCUGAUAAACAAUGGGUUUAUGGGAAGCUUUUCUCAAUUGGCUUCGGAGCCUUUUUUUCAAGCAAGAAAUGGAACUGUCUUUGAUUGGACUUCAGAAUGCUGGAAAAACAUCCCUCGUAAAUGUUGUUGCAACUGGUGGAUAUAGUGAAGACAUGAUUCCAACGGUAGGAUUUAAUAUGAAGAAAGUUACUAAAGGGAAUGUGACAAUAAAGUUGUGGGACCUUGGAGGCCAACCCAGGUUUCGCAGCAUGUGGGAAAGAUACUGUCGUGCAGUUUCUGCUAUUGUUUAUGUUGUUGAUGCUGCUGAUCAUGAAAACAUUCCCAUCUCAAAAAGCGAGCUUCAUGAUCUGCUCAGCAAACCAUCACUAAAUGGUAUUCCUUUGCUGGUACUGGGGAACAAGAUAGACAAGCAAGGAGCUCUGUCUAAGCAGGCUUUGACUGAUCAAAUGGGGCUCAAGUCAAUUACAGACAGAGAAGUAUGCUGCUUCAUGAUUUCAUGCAAGAACUCAACCAAUAUUGACUCGGUUAUUGAUUGGCUUGUGAAGCAUUCCAAAUCUAAGAGCUGAGAAGAAGCCUCGUUUCCUGUAUUCUGGAUUUGUGCGUGUUGAAAUUUCUGAAGGGUGGCUUUCUGGGGUUUUUGUAGUUCAGAUUCAUUACUCUAACCUGGUUUCUAUUGUUCAUUAUUUCUUUAUUUUCUAAUAUGUGUUGAUUGUAUAUUAAAUUUUAUUUCUUUUUGAUUGUGAUGAAUCUUGGGCUUUUCAUUGAGACUCUCUUUCUCUC